AUAACUACAGCGUCAUGUAUGAGGCAACAACCUUUUCAAAGUAGAUUUCAAAUUAUUGCGGGAGGAGAAACACAGCCGUGACGAAUUUUCACAGAUAAUUAGAUCUAAUAUAAACAUUGCUACGUGGAUAAAUAUACUUCAAAUCACAGACACAUUCAUGAAUUAAACAAAUGAGAUUGUCAACGUUCUCAACACAUUUAUGUGCAUAAUAUCCAAUCUUUAACACACAGUUUACCCAGGAAUUAGAAACCGUCCCAAGAGAAGGUAUUGUUCUAGCACGUAUUGAAACCAUAAUGUGUCCAAUAUGCGUCGAGCUCUGUUCUUCAAAGUUAUUUUUUUCACAAUUUUUCUUCAACUUGGAGGUGAAUCUUUGCAGAAAGAAUGGAAGCAAACAAGUUCCAUCCAAAAAAUUGGAGCGGAGGUAUCAGCUGGAUUACUUGACGAUUUUCUGGAUAGUUUGAAGAACUCCUCGCUCUCUAAAGAUCCAUGUCUGCUUCAGUUGAAUUUGUUGGUACAAGGUUUGGAAGAUAGUGAAAUAUGGGCUCUAAAAAUGGUGGACGCAUCAGCAAAAUUUUCUUCCGGAAUUUUGGAAGGAAACAUAAUGUUCGUAGGAAGUUACGAUGAGUGCCUCAAAAUAAACUCUGUAGACAACUUACAUAACCACACAGUCAAAGGAAAAUAUUGCACAACUAUAGUAAAUAAUGUAGAACAUCAAAAUAAGGGCGAACUUUUAGACAAAGAUAGUAUGCAAGACAUAAGAAUGACGUAUGGUGUCUGCAUACCAGCAGCCUGCACAGAAGACGUUCUCAACGAGCUUGCCCAGUAUCUUACUGAAAUACUGGACAUCCCAUUUCAUUUUCAUUUUUACGAAGAUCUUUGUGAUUACAAAGAUAAAAAUCAACUAUCAUUGGCUACUAUAAUCUCUCUGUCCUUCUUCAUAUUGAUGGCUACAGUUUGUAUUCUCUCUACCUUGUACGAUGCCUUAAUAUUCAGUAAAAGUGAUCAAAAAUCCACUAUUUUGAUCGCAUUCUCAUUUUAUACGAAUGGCCAGAAAUUGAUUUCAACGAGAACGUCCAAGAAUACAGUAGGUUGCUUAAAUGGCCUCAGAGUAGUUAGUAUGAUGUUAACUGUGUUGUCUCAUAUUUACAUGUAUUCUAUGAUUCAACCGCUUAUCAACCUUAUCGAUUACGCAAAGGAUGAGGAGCAUUCACGUCAAGUAGUGCAAUGUCUGGGGAGUUUAGCUGUUGAUACGUUUUUUGUCACAGGUGGAUUUCUAGUUUCGUACAACUACUUAUUGAAAAGCACAGAUGAAAAAAGUAUACCCUUCUGUAAAUUCUAUAUCCACCGAUUCUUGAGGCUAAGCCCAUCUCUUGGAGUUGUAGUACUAUUCUAUGCCACUAUAUUCUAUCACGUCGGUUCUGGACCAUUUUGGACCUUCAUCAAUUACUUCUUCAUAGACUACUGCAAGGAAAAUUGGUGGUCAACACUGUUAUACGUACAGAACUAUGUUCAUCCCAAUAAUAUGUGUAUAGGACAAAGUUGGUACCUAGCAGUUGAUACACAAAUGUACCUUCUGGCACCAUUUAUGUUAUACUUGGUUAUAAAAAAACCAAGAGGUACCAUAGCACUCCUUAUACUGCUUAUAGUAGCAUCUUGCGGGUUCACCUUUGGUAUCAGUUUGUUCAAAGAAGUCGGACCUGCUAUCAUUGGAAAUACAAAUAAGGUGAUGAAAUAUAUCUAUGUUACAACCUAUACCCGUGCGACGCCAUGGCUGAUGGGAUUUAUAUUGGGAUUUGGUCUGGCGAGGAGUGCGGGCCACAUAGAAGAAUCAAAACAGGUACUCCCUUAUGUUUAAAAUAGUUCAGAAUAAGUGAGUUUUAUUUUUUCAGGGUAUGCUGUACUUGCUAUGGAUAUUACCCCUACCAUUGAUGUCUAGUGCCAUCAUUUAUAAUGACUUGAGAUUUACUGGAAAUCACGCGACAUCAAUACUAGAAUACUCAGUAUACAAUAGUUUAUGUAGACUUUUUUGGUCUGCAGGAAUUUGUAUAAUAAUUUAUCUUUGUGACAAAGGAUACGGAGGUGCAGUGAACAGAUUUUUGUCUCAUUCCGUGUUCAAUGUGCUGAUUAAAUUAAACUAUAACAUGUAUUUACUCCAUAUUCUAGUCAUUAUGUAUAUGAAUGGGCAAGUAAGAGAGAGUCACUUUGCAGCGUCCUAUUUGAACGUGUUUCAGUUUUGUAGCACGUAUGUCGUCACAACAGUGAUAUCAGUCAUAUGGACAUUGAUGUUUGAGUCGCCAAUUCUCAUUUUGGAAAAAUCACUAUGGAGAGGAAGUUGAAACUAUUGACUAAAUGGACUCAUUUUGUAAUUUAAUAGUUAUGCGAUUAUUUAUUUAUGUAUAUUUUAAUAAAACACACACACAUGUUGCUUGUCUCCAAGCUGGUUGCAUUAUGAAACUCCACAAGACGAAUAAAUAAUGGCGUCAAGUAAGUUGACUCUACAUAUCCCACGCAACGCUGUCAUCAAUUCAUGAAGGAUAAUAUUAUAAUAAGUUAGGCAGUCUUAGAAAAAAUUAGCUAUGUUAAAAGAAUGACUGUGGUUGAAUUUGAAAAAUUUCAUAUAUUUGAUUCUUAUUUUUAUUUGUAAAAUAAAAAAGCAUUUUCUGACACAACAUUUAGAACAUUACAUAGAAUUGAAUAACCAUUACCUCAAUUAUUAUACAAGAAGGAAUAUAGACUUCCAUUUUCAAAAGUAUCAACAAUAGUAAUAUAAAUAGC